AUGAAGUUCUUUGCUAUCGCUGCUCUCUUCGCUGGCGCACUCGCCAUGCCUACCACUGAGAUCGAGGCUCGCACUGAUAAAGCCGUGUGCCCCAGCGGUCUCUACUCCAACCUUGUCUGCGCUGACGUUGACGUCCUCGGAAUCUUGUGCCUCCACGCGACUUCCCCUUCUGAAACUCCCCGCGACGCCAGACACUUCCAGGAAAUUUGUGCCAAGGUUGGCAAGCAGGCUCGCUGUGCUGUUCUCCCUGUCGCCGAGCAGGCUGUUCUCUGCCAGAGACCCGCUGGUGUCUCGGCAUAA